UUGAUACCGGGGAGCACCUUUUCCAUCCGUCUCGUCGGGAGCGAGGUACGCGAAAUGAUUAUUUCAUAUCCCUUCCGAUACUCCAUACAGCGACGUGCAGCCGUUGCAGUUUCCUGCACUCGGCGCUGGCGCGACUCGAAGGAGAGAAGCACUGACGAAGCAACGCGUGAGGAUUUCUGUUUUAAUCUUCCGACGAGACGCCUGUUAAAGAGCUUUAUGUCUUACCGAAUGGAACGAACCGUCAUCGCCGUCCGCCGUGCCGCAAACACGAAGCCGAUAUUCGCGUGCAUUUUAGCGAGAAGACGAUUUGUGACAACUGCAUCGAGAGAAAAAGUUGUAGUGGUGGAAACUAUAAGGAGACAACUAUACAAAUUUUGUACAAAAUAAAUAGAAUUAUAAUAUACAGGGUGUUCAUUAAUGGUUGUAGCCACUUUUUACCAUAGGAGCAUGAUUUACCG